CGGACUCCUCUCCCGCUGCCGGUGGAUUUCCCGGUCUCUUUUCUUGUUUUACCAUUGCGCCUCGGCCCUCUUCUUCUCUCGCUUCCUUAUUUCCCCAGCUCGAUUUCUUCUUCGCAAUAGAAACUCCGAGAGGGUUUCUGAGUUUGGUCUGAACUCGUAAGCUCUUAGAACUCCGAAAAUCUUGAAGCGUAGGACAAUCUAUUCUAAAUCGAGACUCCUGGCCUUGGGUCUUAGCCAAAACGGAGAAAAUGGCGACGAACCUCAUGCCUCCUCCGCAGCCACCGCUACCGGGUACUGACAUGACGGGGAUGUGUUUCAGAGACCAGCUAUGGCUCAACACAUACCCUCUUCUUCAUCGUAACCUAAUCUUCGAUUACUAUGGCUCAACACAUACCCGCUUCCCCCGAAUUCCCGUAUCCCGUUUUGAAGCUGUUGAGCUUUUCGUUCGUGGGUUUUUCUGUACAUGUUGAGCGAAGUGAUGGAACCCCAUUUGUUCGUGAUGGGGAAGCAGCGGAGGGAGAGCCCUGAGAGAGUCACUUCAUUUGCUCACCUAUUACGUCUUGGAUGGCUCCAUUUACCAGGCUCCUCGCGUCUGUACUGUCUUUGCUGCUCCAGUUGGGCGGGCUUUGUUAUUACAUAUCCAAAGCUUUUACUGCUGCUGCAGCUUCCAAGUUGGAGAAGAUUGGUUAUGGUGAUGGAUGGGCUGUGAUACAUUCUCUAAUGCUUCCAGUCAAGCUUUGGCUAGCACUUGUAAGUUGUAACCUGAUUCUUUUGUUGCGCUGCUGGAUAUAUGCGUAAAGUGCAUGGUUGUGCAAUCCUUGUUGCUUCCUUGUUCUGAACAACUGAGUAUCAUUUUUGUGAGAAUGUUGGUAGUUUAUUUUCCUUGCUAGUUGCUACUGAUAGCAACAUCACAUGUUGACGCAGUUGAAACUGAGGGCGAGGAGGCACCUUCUGACUCAAAGACUAGCAAAGAUAAAAUUGACUUUAAGGAAGAGAGAAUAGACCAUCUUCUUGCUUCCUUACAACCCAAGGUGAAUUUCGUGACAGGUGGUUCAUCCAUCGAAGAAGAUCGUUUAAACCAUAAAUGGUUGAUCGUAUCAAGGUAAAUUUUGUUCCAGGCUCUCUCGUUUCUUGCAGUUACUAUACCUGCUCCUCCACGGCCACCAUUCCCAGAAGGCUAUGUGCCCCCUGCAAGUGGUGAACAGAGAAAGCAGCUGAAGGACAUAAACAAGGAGGGGAUGCACAACCCCUCCUCCUUCCAUCGAUCCAAUUAUUGAUCAAGGUCCGGCUAAGAGAAUGAAAUUCUGAAAGUAAGUGCGUCCAGGACAGAUAGAUUCUCUUCUUUGGGAUGGGUGUAUGAAAGACAAAAUCUUGUAUGCCAGGGAAAACGUAGGGAACAGUGUAAGUGCAGCAGUUCUUUUGCCGUUCUUUUCUUCUACCCAGCUUAGAGUUUGAUUAUUCUGGCAAUCAUGUUGCUUGUAGUACGGAGGCUAACGGAGAGUGACUAAAUGUGAUAUGUUUCAGUAAUUCGAGUGAUCAAAAUUGAUAUAAAUUUUUUAUCUCGAUCAAUCAAUCGAUCGAGGAUACCACAUAAAAUCGUUUGUCUCGUGUGUUAUUUCAUCUUUCGCCUCAUCAAAUUCUUCAGAGUUCAGAGUUAGGGAUAGUUGGAGUUCAGGUAUGCUAAAGUUGUCAAUCUUACUCUUAACUAUGGAUGCUACUU